AUGACACCGCCGCUCCGCUCACGCAAACUCGUACAGAAGCUCAUCCAUGCCCUUGGGAGACCGUCCCCGACCCUGGCGAAUUCAACUGUCCCCGAUAGCCCACCUACAUGGCACCAGCCCACACACGUAGAUGUAGAGCCUGACUCCCCCAGUCUCCUCGCCUCGUUCUCUCGGCAAUCCUCUCUUCUGCGACAACAAUCCGAUGACGCCGCCGACUCUGUUCACGACGCCUACGACGCUCCUCAUGCAGAUAUCUCCAGUCUUCCUCCGGAGAUUCUCGCCCGUAUAUUCAAGGACGUACGGGAUGCAGCGUUCCCCGCCCCAUCCGAGACCGUGAAAUAUGAUCCGCAGCUAUGCCUCAAGUGGAUGAACGUCGCCCACGUAUCCCCCAGAUGGUCGAUGAUCGCUGUCAACGACCCUUUUCUCUGGACCAAUGUGCCGCUGGACUCGCACCCCGAGAUUAUACGUCUACACUUCGAGCGUUCCGAGGGCCUCCAACUGCGAAUCUAUGUCUCUUCCGAAGCCAGGGAUCUGCCGGAACGCGUAUUGCUCUUGCGCGAACAAGCCUCGCGCGUCAUGGCUGUCACCCAGAUCGGGCGUAAUGGGAGCCCUCUCCGUGAUACGAUGGCGGUGGCAUGUCUUCUCGUCGAAGAGGGUGGCAUCUCCAUGCCAGAGCUUCAAGAGCUCAGCGUCUACUCCGAUACCUCCAACUAUGACUUUGGCCCCUUGUUACGACAUGCCGCCGCCCUGCGUAGCCUGGCGGUUGUCGUGUACUGGCCCCAUGUUCUGGGGCGGAUCAGAGCUCCUCAGCUUCGCCACUUGGCUCUUGACGGAUGGCACAAAGACCCCGCGGCGAAGGCUUAUCAAGAUCUACUCCGAUGUAUUCAGGCGAGCCCGCUCCUCGAAGAUAUCAGCGUCCGCGGAAUCACGUUUGUGGGCCCGUUGCGCUGGGAAUACCCUGCCGCCGAGUCUCAGCCUAUAGAGCUCAGACACCUGCGCCGCCUCCACCUCGCUGGGAAUCACGAAUGGAUCUUAUUCAUAUUGCGACCUCUAGUGUUCGACCCGCUCAAGACCAUCGUCGAGUUGGACGUUACAGAGCACCUAAAUAUCGGAGGUCGCUAUGUUUAUGACCACUCUCGUUUGGCCCUUCCUUCUGGUCUCGGAUCCCGCGCCGAGAACUCCCAUCGUUGGCUCUAUAUCAGUCGAUCAUGCUUGCAAACGGGCUUUGAUACCGACAGGGCGACACCCAGCGUAAUCAUACGAACACCACAAACCGUGAGCCCUUUACAGGGCCCAGACGCGCACCUCGGAAGCGAUCCCCGUGAACUCGAAAACGACUGUCUUCGUGGCAUCCAUACCGCCAGGCAGGCGACCGUGCUAUACACGUCCAUGGCCCUCCAGCUGGCAGGAGUACGCACACUUUCAUUCGAAUGUCAUCAUGGACGUAUCUGGACAGAGGCCGUGCGCAGGUUCUACGGGUGGUGUACUGAGGUCGAAGUCUUGGAAGUGACCAUUGACGACUGGACAGCAGGGCUAUGCGAUACGCUCUUCAUACGACUCGAUGGACAUGUCUUUCUGCCUGCUCUCCAGCGUGUAAGGGUGUUCGACACCAACGACAGGCCGACCUUUGGUGCGGCUACUCAGUCCCGCCUUGUACGGGAGUUCCAAGGUGAUCGCGAGAAGCCUGUGUCUGUCGAUCUGGUAUGGCGCAGGGGCGUGAAGAAGCCUGAAGAGUGGUCGGAGGGUGCUGUCUCGUUGGUCCUUGAUCAAUUUGAGGACGAAUUGAAGGAAUCUGAACACAAGUAG